AUGAUCAGCAAACGCUUAGAUUCUCGUGUCGACAUACUUCGCUUUCGUGCUGUCUGUACUUCAUGGAGAUGCUCUGUCUCUUUACCUUCAUUUGAUCAAGAACUUCCUCUCAUCCUCGACGUUCCUGACCCAAUUUCUGUUGCCGCACUUCUCUUUCAGACAACAAUUUCUCGCAUGGAACUUGUACGUAAAGAUCCUAACUCUUCUUCUCCUUCUCUAUCUAAAACUUGGUUGGUUAAAGUUGGAGAGUCAAACUAUGGCAAGUUGCAGCUUUUCAACCCCCUUACAAAUCAAGAAAUUAAGCAUUGUCUUGCGCCUUUGAGCUUGGAUGAAUUUAUGUUUGUGGAGUUAAGUAAAGCUUUUCUACUUAAAUUGCCAAGUGGGUCAUCUGUUUUUGGAAUAAAUAAGGUUGUUCUGUUUCCUGUCUCUGCAAAUUCUAGUGAUGGAACUGAGUUUGGAAUUUUGGCUAUUUUUCAUGAAGUAGAGUUGGCUUAUUGGAAAUAUGGGGAUGAGAAUUGGAUUUUAUUGGAUACUCUAGAGAAUGCUCAAUAUGAUGAUAUUAUCGUGUACAGGGCGCAGGUUUAUGUUGUUGAUAGAUGGGGGACGGUUUCUUGGAUUGAUUCUUCGUUGAAUGUGAUUCAAUACUCACCUUCGCUGUAUAGUUGUGGUGGGCAAAAGCAUUUGGUGGAGUGCUGUGGAGAUCUUUAUGUUGUUGAUAGAGUUUAUAAACUAGAUGAAGAAUGGGGUAAAUGGAUUGAUGUAAAAUCUUUAGAUGAUAAAGUCUUUGUUUUGGGGAUGGAUUGUUCCUUUUCAUUUUCAAGUAGAGAGUUUAAUGGAGGCAAAGGGAAUUGCAUUUACUACGUGGACAACGAUGAUUAUGUGGAUACCGGACUGAGUCCUGAGAGCAUUCAUGUGUUUCACUUAGAGGAUCGGAGCAUUUACAAACUUGCAGCGAUUCCCGAGUUCUCUGAGAUAUUCUGGCCACCCAGAAAUGGCUCCUCAUUGUAA